AUGGCGCGCACCGAGAAACUCGCCGGCGAUGGCUGCUCUGGCGGCGAAGGACAUGUGGAGGUGGAGGUCGGCAUGGGGGUGGACGGGAAGGGGGUCAUAGAGUGCCGGAUAUGCCAGGAGGAGGGGGAGGAGGCCGCCAUGGACUCACCCUGCGCCUGCACUGGCACACUCAAGUUUGCCCAUAGGAAAUGCAUACAGAGAUGGUGCAACAAGAAGGGCAAUAUUACAUGUGAAAUCUGCAACCAGGUUUACUCCCCGAAUUAUGUCAUCCCUCCACCUAAAUGUUGUUCAGAUGAAGUGGACAUGGAUCUCAGGCAAAACUGGGUUGGACGAAUCGAUCCUCAUGAUUCCCAUUUUCUAGCCAUUGCCAUCGCAGAGCAGCAGCUGCUGCAAGCUGAAUUUGAUGAUUGUGUAUCUGCAAAUUCUAAUGGUGUCACAUGCUGCCGAACUAUUGCUUUAAUUUUGAUGUUCCUUUUGCUUGUACGACAUGUAAUUGUCAUUGUGAGGGAUGUUAGCAUGCUACAAGAUGCAACAGUGUUGUUCAGUCAUCAGAGACGAAGACAGGUGUACUUCCUUUCUUACCAGUCCUGA